UUCGGUCGAACUACUCAGAUACGAUGUUACAACUUUCGACUUGUGUCCCAGCAUAAACUUGAAACAUGAACGUUUCCCUCAACGCGUUGUUAUAACGGAGUAGAACUGGUCAGCUCGAUUUGAAGAGGGGUGAGGGGGGUCAUGGGAAAGAUUUGCACGCCCUGAUUUAGAGAAAGCUGUACAAACUAAUCUGUGGACAAGCCUUCGGUGGGGUAAAGCUGUUUGUUCUUAACGGGCACUACAGUGCAACGUCCUAAAAACGGGUGUUUUAGUCUUUUUUUCCGAAUAAUCAACCUUAAACUGAGCGGAAUUGUGUCUCAAUUUCCAUGAUCGGUGCACUAUGGCUCUAAACGAAGUUAAGAGAAUCACAUUAAUAUGAGAGCGUUUCCACUGAGAUGGUGGUAUUUGCGAUGCGCGCUGAGCUAAUUGGAAAUUUCAUUGGAAGUAUUAGUCGGGAAAACGCUUCCUGUAACUGCCUAUCGCACAGAUAAAUGGAGUCACCGAAAGGAGGGGGCACAGAGAACUUCCCACGGCGUUCAUCAGAUGGUCAGUCGACUCGAGUGGACUUCCCGCUUCAGGAGCGCCAAUAACAACGCGUGCUUACGUUAUUGCCGCGGACACGACAGAGUAAACCACGGGACAGCUCGGCACGUCGGCGAGACGCACUGAACGGCGAGCCGAUCCGCGACUUCGGCGGCGGCGGCGGCGGCGCACGCCGGACUCGUGGAGCGACCCCGGAUCGUUCCGGCUGUGCGUCCACUCUCUCUCCCUGAGGGCGGCCCGGAGGAGACGACCACUGAUGCUCAGCAAACGCUCAUAGGACUUCAGACGUUUUGUGGGUUUUUUUUUUUUUUUGCAAGUGAAGGACAGACUUUUUGGGCACAUAUUUGUGGAGCGGCGGAAACAAGAACAUAACGUUGUUUUUUUUAACUUUCCAUGUUGUUCAUUGUCGGACGCAAGGAACGUAAUCACACAGUAUUUGUGGCUCAAAGGUCUACACUUCCAACUUUUUGGAGAAGGAGUUCACUUCUGCCUCUCUCUUUCUCUCUCUCUCUCGCUCUCUCUCUCUCUCUCUCUCUCCCCUGAGCUAUGAGCGGACUGCGUAAGCACGUCACUGUCGGACUGGUGCUGCUCGUGUGCGCGCUGACCGGUCACUGCGGGGAGAGCGAGCCAUCAGCAGCCCCGUCGCCCCCGGCCGCAGGAGCGGAGCGCGUCAAGCAGGACUUCAGGCGGAUGAUGGAGAUCGUGAGGAACGUGGAGCACGGCCGCACUCGCCGCGUGGCCAACACGGAAGCCGCGCCGACGCCGCGGACGGGGAGCCCCGCGGUGGAACCGAAGGAUUUACGCAACUCGAAGAGCAACAGAGGCGAUCCGGUCGUCGCUGUGUUCCCAAGAGAUCUCAGGAAGAAGGAGAAAUUCAUCAAAUACAUAACAGGUCCGCUUUACUUCAGUCCCAAGUGCAGGAAGCACGUGUACAGACUCUACCACCACACCAGAGACUGCACAAUACCUGCAUACUUCAAAAGAUGCGCUCGGCUUCUCACGAGACUAGCUGGCAGCCGGCAGUGCACGGAGGGGUAGCACACGCGAGGUAGAACGCAAGCAAAGUCCUCCGCAAGAAGGAAACUUUGGGGAAAAGUGCCUUGGACAGUGGGAGAGAACCACCCCCCAAAAAACAUUGACCAGCCCUAACUGACAUUUAGGCUCAGUACUGCCCAUCCAUGACGUUUUGCUCCGCUGAGGCGUGGACUUAUUCCGGCGGAAUCACCACGAGUGACGCAAAUCAGCCAAUGAAACCAGACCAAGACAAACACGGUGAAACUGAAGAGUGGAGAAGGAAGGAAACGCCGGGCUGGAGAGAAACAAACACGGGGCCUACUUUCCUGCUGGCAUCCAAAAAGAUGUUGUGAAAACAAAACAACAACAAAAAAAAGGGAUUGCAUAUUUUUUUAAUUUAGCUAAUUUCUUUGAGAAGAGAGCGAGAUCCAAAUGUACCAUAUAUUUUUUAUGACUAGCUUUCUGCGACUGGUUCGGUCCAGAUGAGUGUUUUGUGUUGAGCCGAUACCUUCCGUGCCGCAACUACCCGUCAUGCAGACGCGCUCUCACAAACCCUGUGCCCACACUGAGAAAGAACUGUGAUUAAAUUAUUCAUUGCGUUGACAUUUCUCGGUCUUGGCGAUGUUUGAAAAAAGAAAAAAAAAGAAGGAAGAGCCAGUUUUAAUUGUAGCCCUCCUGGGAAUCUAAAAACUAUAUUUAUACAUUUGAGUUUCCCUGUACAGACUAUAGGCCAUUUAACACAAGAGAAAUAUGUACAUACUGUAAAGCAUAGGAGGAAUCCACCUAUUUACCAUGAAUGAAAGUGACUGCAUUCAUCAAAUGGCUGUUAACUACACCUAUAAAUUAUAAGAUUGGUACAAAGGUACAUGAAUCGUG